CUUUACACUUUGUCCAGUCUUUAAAUUGGGUGCAACACUAGUCAAUUCCUUCACACUUCUAACUCUACUUACUGUAACCCAAAAGAGCACUCUCGAGUUCCCUAGUAAAGUUCCAAUAUGAUUUCUUCUGUCUGUUUCUGUGUCUUCACUGCCUAUUUCUUAGUCUUUUUAUCAUGCUUUUUCAUAGCUAGCAAUGGAGUUUUCUAUGAAGAACUCGCAGAAGGCAUAGCUAUAAAGCGCACAGAGAAAACAAGUCACCUCAAUUUCUACUUUCAUGACAUUAUUGGUGGCAAGAACCCAACUGCUGUGAAAAUUGCAGGACCACCUAACAGUACUGGUUAUGGCUUUGGCAGUACAACGAUGAUGGAUGAUGCCUUAACGGAAGGACCUGAACGCAACUCGAAGCUUGUGGGAAGGGCUCAAGGACUAUAUGCCAUAGCUGCACAGCAAGAAGUUUCACUGCUUAUGGUCGUGAACUUUGCUUUCAUGGAAGGUAAAUAUAAUGGAAGUAGCAUCAGCAUUCUUGGGAGAAAUCCUGUUUUCAAUGAUGUGAGAGAGAUGCCGAUUGUUGGAGGCAGUGGACUGUUUAGGUUGGCUCAUGGAUAUGCAUUGGCACAUACAAUUUGGUUUGAUGCCAAAACUGGAGAUGCCACUGUUGAGUACAAUGUGUAUGUAACCCACUACUGAGCCUUGUAGCCUUCUGGGAUAAUUAACAAGGGAGCUAGAACAAGUCCAUAUUUAUCAGUUUAUUGGCAGAUCCUGAUAAAGCUGCCUGAGAAUUAUAUUAGUAACUUUCCAUAUAUUUAGUGUACAAUUGCUCACGCGUAACCAGAUGCAAGCUUAAACUAUUAAAGCAAAUUCCCAAGUUCCCAACCUCGUAUGUCAUAGGAAUUCUCUUUUGGCAGUCAUGUCAGUUUAUGUGAUGAAAAUGGUAUGUGUAAUCAGGGCUGAAUCCAGUGCCAAACACAAGUUGCGAUAACCCAAA